CUAGAGAGUUUGAAACAAGAAGCUGCUUCUGUCUGGACAUCUGACCUUGGGGCUGGGACAGCCCGGCGCUAUGGCAGACAUGCAUGGCUGCUGCCGCCCCUGUGCCACCUGCCUGCUCUGCCUCUACAGCUGCCAGUGGAUCACUGCCAAGAAGGAGAAGAGGAAGGGCUUGAGAACCACCAAGUGCGACUGCAGUUGGUUCCUUUUCCUUUUCUGCGUCUUCCUCUUUACACUGGUGUGGCUCUACUUCACCAUCAUCAUCCUCAAUGAUUUCCACAACUUCAAUGAGUUCAUCUUCAGGCAGAGGAAGUUGUGGCUAGACUGGUCCCUGGUCCUGCUCAUAGGUACAGCUGUGCUGAUCACCUACUCGGCUGUGCUGCUGGUCCUUGCUUUGUGCUUGCAGCUCUGCGGCCAGCCUUUGAAGCUACACUGGCUGCACAAGACCCUGCUGAUCUUAACUGCCCUGGUGGUGGCUGCAGCCUUCACAGGGCUGGGAAUAAAGUGGGCGGAGGAGUGGAGAAGUGCAUAUAUCUCCCUGCAGGCAACAGGUCCCUUCCUGCACAUUGGAAUCGUGGUGGGAAUGACGCUCCUUGCCUGGCCCCUGGCCAGCUUCAUCUACCGCACCCGCAAUACAGGUCUCAAGGUGUUUCUACUGCUUGUGUACUGCAUGGUCAUGAUUGCGCUGUAUCUGGCUCCUCUGGGAAUCACCUCCCCUUGCAUCAUGGAGGAGAACCAGCUGCCCCCCAAGCCAGCCCUCGUUGGCCACCGGGGAGCCCCCAUGCUGGCCCCCGAAAACACCCUCAUGUCACUGCGCAAGGCGGUGGACUGUGAUGUGCAAGUCUUUGAGACAGACGUCAUGGUGAGUACUGAUGGGGUCCCGUUCCUAAUGCAUGAUGAGGAACUCACCAGGACCACCAACGUGCAGGAUGUGUUCCCCGAGAGGGCCGCCCUGAACAGCACCGCCUUCAACUGGACAGACCUCCAGCAGCUGGAUGCUGGCAGCUGGUUCCUGGAGCGGAGGCCAUUUCCCACUGUGCAGAGUCUUUCUGCUGAAGAUCGUGACCAGGUGACUGAACAGAGGAUCCCAUCACUGGAACAGGUGCUAGAGGCAGCCAAGCAGAGCAAUAUCUCCAUCAUGUUUGACCUCCGGCCUGAGAACCACAGUGACUACCAGAGCUUUGUCAAUGCUACCCUGGAAGUGAUCUUACAGUCAGGCAUCCCUUUACAGAGGGUCCUCUGGCUGCCGGAUAGGUUCAGGGAACAGGUCAAACAGCAAGCCCCAGACAUUCAGCAAAUUUAUGGCCGGAAGAGACUCCAGAAUGAGGAGCCACUGCUGCAUGUCAAUCUACCCUACCAGAACAUGAGCUCUGAGGAGAUCAGGCAGUACCGCCAGGACAACAUCUCUGUCAACUUGUAUGUGGUGAACCAGCCCUGGCUCUUCUCUGUGCUGUGGUGCUCUGGGGUGACCUCUGUCACCACCAAUGCCUGCCAGGUACUGAAGGAGAUGAAACGCCCCAUCUGGCUGCUCCCCAGCAGCACAUACCUCAUGAUCUGGAUUGUUGCAGACUGCACUUCCUUCCUUGUCAUCCUCUGGGCCUUCCUCUUGCUGAGGAAAUGCUCCCAGAGAAGACAGUCAGCGGAGUCUGAGACAGAUGUGCUGCUCACAAAGAUCAACAGCUUGAUGCACGAGUGACCCCGCCGGCCUGCAUCAGCCUUGGGGAGGGGCAGCCAGAGCCCUGCACAGCUCAAGUGCAGGCCAGCUUUGAGGCUCCUUUCCUUUGCAGACUCCUUCCUGAGCUUCCUGUUCCCCCUAGCCUUCCUGGCUCCUUGCGUGGUGUACAACUGCCCUCAGCUGAAAGGACCUGGAACUGGGUUCCCAGUUCCCACUGGCAGCAAGAAACCAGAGCCUUACUUGAGUACUUAGCCCCAGCACUGCUGGAUAAGACCUCUGCCUUGCAGUUUGGAGACUAGUAGGGAUUUGAGUUGCUGUUUGGUGCAGGGAAAGGGCAGCCUCUGCCUGUCAUCAGCAGCUCUGCAGCCCGUGCUGGGAAACCUUGUUUGAAGUGCUGCUGCCCUAGGCCCUGCCCUGCCCCAUGGCUUGAGGAGUAGGAAGGGGAGGGGGGGGUGGCUUUUCACAAGAUGGAAGGGGAGCUGGGCUCUUCCUGUCCUCAUGCUGCACACGAGUCCUGCCCCUGCUGGCUUCAUGCUUCGUGGGUGUUGGCACCCGAUGCAGCAGUUAGUGCCUCUUGCUCCGGGGUAGAGGGAGCCGGGGCUGGGGAUGGAGGGUGUCUGGGGCUGGUGAGACCACAGCCAUGCUCCUGCUGCUGCAAGGCUACAGAGGUGUGCGAGGGCGGGGAGCGGUGGGUCUCGGCGUC